UCACUUACAUAUUUACAUGGUGUUCACUUUCUUAUUUUUUUCGUGUGUUGUAGAAAACAUUUAAAAUGUACUCAUUGUUCCAAAACCCAAGUGGUACUGGUCCAAACAAUAACAGUAUACAAUCAUAGGUAGUAUUAAAUAUUUAGUCUUGGAUUCUAAUGACUUUCGAUUUGUUGUUCUUUUCAGAGAAUACUAGCACAAUGAAUGAAAAUAAUAAUCCACGACAUCAACCAUUUACUCAGGUAGGCAUAAGGACAAGUACAAAAUAAAACGAAUGUACUUUCUUUAACCAGUUGGGAUCGACAUACAAAAACCAAGGACAACUAGAAAAAGCAGUUGGAGAGUACGAGAAAGCACUUAAUAUUUAUUUGAUCUACUUGCCCUAAGUUGAUCCCUUAUUAAUUGAUACGUACAAUAACUUGGGUUCGAUUUACGCACAACAGCAGGAUUAUGUUCAAGCAUUGUCUUACUGUACAAAAGCUUUAGAAACUGCUAUGAAAGAUCCUAAAUCAAAUGAAAAGCAAAUUGCUAUGGUACAUGAAAACUUUGGAAUGAUCUACAGUGGUCAACACAAUUAUUCAAAAGCAUUAGAUUCAUAUGAGAAAUGUCUUCGUAUUGUCUUCAGAAUCUUGCCGUCUAAUCAUCCUGUCCUUGCAACAAUCUACACCAGUAUCGCUUCUAUUUAUGAAGCGCAGAACGAUUACUAUAUUGCCUAA